GACGACAACAAUAGUGGGUCGUAGUGGUGCAGGAAAUAUUCGAAAACGAAAAAUUAACAAAAAAAAUUGAUAAAAAAAAUUUUUGUUUUUCAAAAUAAUAUUUGUUUCAAAAAAACAACAAUUAUUUUCCAACAAAAAAAAAAACAUUCCGGUCAGAGAUGCCGCAGAUGAUAACAGCCGCUGCGGCGAUGGCAUGCCUAAGCCGCCUGUUGAUCUUUUGUUUUUUGAUUUUUCAACUGACAUCUGCUAAUCCCAUCGAUGUAGGAAGUAAUGCCAGCUCGCCAGCGAUAGAAUUUAUUAUUUUACACAACAAUGAUAUGCAUGCCCGCUUCGAGCAGACCAGUGCCAAAAGUGAGAAAUGUACCGAGGAAUUGGCCCAGGCCAAUCGAUGUUAUGGCGGUUUUGCCCGAGUGGCCAAUGUGGUCCGCAAACACCGCGAAGAAUCCAAACAAACAGGUGUACCUGUCCUUUUCAUGAAUGCCGGUGAUACAUCGACGGGAACGCCAUGGUUCUAUCUGUUCAAGGAUGAUAUUGCAACGGCUUUUUUGAAUAUCCUACAACCAGAUGUCGCCUCAUUGGGUAAUCAUGAAUUUGAUGCAGGCAUUGCCGGCGCUAUACCGUUCCUCAACAAAGUCGAAUUUCCAAUUGUGGCUGCAAAUUUGGAUCUCUCUACCGCUCCGGAAUUGAAGAAGGCAAAAAAUCUCUCAAAUUCCACAAUUCUGGAGGUGAAUGGUACGAAAAUUGGGGUAGUGGGCUAUAUUACCCCAGAUACCAUGAAAUUGACAAAUUGUAAGCAGAGGUUGUUCACCGAUGAAAUUGAGGCAAUAAACAAAGAAUCGGCUGCAUUGCGGAACCAAGGGGUGAAUAUUAUUGUAGCUUUGGGGCACUCGGGCUAUGAUAAGGAUCUGGAAAUUGCCUCAAUGUGUCCGGAUGUGGAUUUGGUCAUUGGUGGCCAUAGCAAUACAUUUUUGUUUAACGGCGACCAGCCGGAUUUGGAGAGCAUAGAUGGUCCCUAUCCCACGGUGGUGAAACAGGCGAAUGGAAAACAGGUUCCAGUCGUUCAGGCCUAUGCCUAUAGCAAAUACAUGGGAAAAUUAUACGUUAAGUUCGAUGAAGAUGGCAACCUAUUGGAUUUCCAUGGCUCUCCCAUACUUUUGGAUGCCCAAAUACCCCAAGACGAAGAUGUAUUGCAGCUGCUGGAGGUUUAUCGUCCCAAGGUCAGGGAAUUGGAGGAAGACACGGUGGGUCAUACAAAAGUCUUUUUGGAGGGCAGUCGUAAAGUGUGUCGCCAUCAAGAAUGCAAUCUGGGUAAUUUGAUUACCGAUGCCAUGGUCUAUGCCAGAAUUUUGGAAGAUUUUGGUGGUGCCUAUUGGACGGAUGCUGCCAUAGCUUUUAUGCAGGGUGGAAGCAUUCGCAGCUCAAUAGAAAAACGUUCCGAUGGCUCCAUUUUGGCCAUAGAUGUCGCCAGUGUCCUGCCCUUCAAAAAUGAUUUGUAUGUCAGCCAAAUUACGGGCCGCUCACUCUUGGCGGUACUAGAACACUCCGCCUCAAUGUAUGAGACCGAAUCGAAAGGUGGUUUCCUACAAAUGUCCGGUAUUCAUACGACAUAUGACUACAAUAAUCCGGUGGGAAGCCGUGUCAUUGCCACAGAAGUCCUGUGUGCCAAUUGCGAUGUUCCCACCUUUGAGCCCUUGGAGGAAGAUCGACUUUAUAAUGUCAUUGUUCCCUCGUAUUUGGCAAAUGGUGGUGAUGGCUAUACCUUUGUUGAGGAGAAUGGACCCAAGCCACAGCGCAUGCAGUUGAAAGAUGCCGCAGCAUUGAGACAAUAUUUGAAGAGACAUGAAUUCGUUUAUCCUGUCGUAGAGGAUCGUAUUACUAUCAUUAAGAAAGCGACGGAAAAUGGAAAUGGAAAUGUGUGAAGAAUUUAGAUUUUAUUGUUAAUAAAAUAUUUUUAUUAAAAAAAUAUAGUUCGAACGUAGAACUCGUAAAGAGA